AUGCCAUUUUCAUUAUCAAGUGAAGGACGUUCAUUUAGUAAUCUAUUUAAUUCCAAUGAACAAAAUUCAGAUCAUUUAAUAAUUGAAAGACAAAAUUUAUUAUGUGUAUUUAAAUUAGUUGUAAAAGAUUUAUUAAGUUCAGGUUUAAAACAUGAACGUCUUAUGGAAAAAGAAUAUUUUCCUUUAAAACAUUUUUUUAUUGUUUUUGAACAUAUACUUUUACAUGGUUAUAAUGGUAAAAAAAAUUUUCCAAUAAGUACAUCAUCAAAUCGUAAAGAUUUAUGGCCAAUUAUUGAUCUUAUAUCACGUAAAUCAACUGAUAUAUAUAUAUCAGAAAUAUCAAUAUCAUCAAAAGAAAUGACAAAUAUUCGUACAUCAUUAGGUCGUGUACGUGCAUGGUUACGUCUUGCAUUAAUGCAAAAACGUUUAGCUGAUUAUUUUAAAACACUUGUUGAACAAAAACAUGAAUUAAAAGAUUUAUAUGAUAAUGAAGCAUUAUUAUUAUCUGAUGAAAGUAUUAUUAUACCUGGUUUACUUGUUGGUCUUAAUGUAUUAGAUUUAAAUUUAUGUUUAAGAGAAACAACACUUGAUCAUCCUAUUGAAUCAGUAAUACAUUAUAGUUUAUAUUUACAAGAAAGACGUCUAACAACAGUAUCAUUAAAAAAUACACAUCCACCUGGUGCAAUAAAAGAUCCAAUUGAUGAAUUGGAUGAUGAUGAUGAUGAUAAUUCAACAAUAUCAUCAUUACCUAUAACAAAAACAAAUCUACAAAAUAAUGAUACAGUUGUUACAAAGGGUACGGAUAGUACAGAAACGUUAGAUGAAAACACUUCAGAUAUGUCAUAUAAUCGACGUCUUUCGUGUAUACUUGAUCAAAAAAAUUAUAUUGAAGAACUUAAUCGAAAUUUACAGAAAACAGUAAUAAAUUUACAAAGCAAAUUACAAACAUUUGAAGAAACAAAUAAAAAUUUGGCAGAAAAUACAGUACAACAAAAAACUCGUAUUGAACAAUUAGAAGAAGAUCUAACAAAAAUAAUAUCAGAAAAAGAACAAAUACAAUUAUCGUAUCAACGAAAAACUGACGCUUUAAUUGCUGAUAUUGCAGUUGAACGAGAAACGUAUCAAAAAUCUCGAACUGGAUUUGAUUUAAUGUAUAAUGAAUUAAAAAAGAAAUAUGAUGAUGAAUGUGUAUCAAAACAAAAAAUUGAAGGUAUAUAUCAAACUCAAUUAUCUCAAACUAAUGAAUAUGUUGAAUCAACAAAAUUAAUGGAAAAAGAUAUUGAAUCAAAAACAUUAUUAUAUGAUCGUAUAAAAGAAGAAAAUGAUCGUCUUAAAGAAGAAUUACAAGUUGAAAAAAGUCAAAAUGAUGAAAGAGAACGUCAAAUACAUGUAAAAGAUAAAGAAAAUCAAAUGUUACGAGAAACAAUCAGUGAAUUAGAAACAAAUAUCGAACAAAUCAAUAAAAAAGUACAUGAACUUAGUAAUACAAAUGAUACAUUAAAUCGAACAAUAUCUAAAUUAAAUGCUGAAAAAACAUCAUUAGAAACUGAUUUACAUGUUGAAAAAGAAUUUCAACAACGUCUUCAAAAAGCAUUAACAAAUGAAAAAGAAAAAGUUUCUACACUUCAAUUUGAUAUACAUGAAUUAAAUUUAUUAAAACAAGAUUAUGAUUUAUAUAAAAAAGAUAUGAUAAAAAAACAAAAUGAUUCAGAAAAUAAAUUUCAUGAACAAGAAGAAACAAUAAAAGAAUUAGCUUUAAAAUUAGAAGGAUAUAUUAAACGUGAACAUGAACAACGUGAAAAAAAUAUUUCACGAACAUCAACAUGGAUGAAAGAUGAUGAUGUUAAAGAAUGUUGUCAAUGUAAAAAAGAUUUUGGUCCACUUAGACGAAAACAUCAUUGUCGAAAUUGUGGUCAAAUAUUUUGUGAAGCUUGUGUUAGUACAAAAUUAACAUUAACUAGUUCAACUAAACCAGUACGUGUAUGUGAUGAAUGUUGUAAAUAUGUACUUGCACAAUGUGCGGUGAAUAAUCCAUGA